AUGCUGAACAUCUCUACACCAACCCAACUGUCCCACCGUCUGCUGCUGAGUGGAUCAUCUUCUAUGACUAUGAAUAAGUGCAACCAAACAGAGAUUACUGAAUUUAUUUUACUAGGGAUCCAGGGUUCUUGGGUUCUGCAAAGUUUCUUUUUUGUUAUAUUCACUGUGACGUACAUCUUCACAAUAUCUGGAAACGUCUUAAUUGUUGGGUUGGUUAUGAGAAGUCAACGGCUUCACACCCCGAUGUAUUUUUUCCUCUGUCAUUUAUCCUUAUCUGACAUCUUGUUGUCUACAAAUGUGGUCCCUAACCUGUUAUGCACCUUACUAUGGUCAGGAAAGACCAUGUCAGUCAGGGACUGCAUCACACAGUACUAUUUUAGCUGCUUAUCAACAAUAUCUGAGUGUUUCCUCCUCACAGUGAUGUCUUAUGAUCGAUAUUUGGCUAUUUGUAGACCACUGCAUUAUGUCACUAUCAUGGACAUGAGCCUCCGUCUCCACCUUGUGAUGUGGUCUUGGUUGCUGGGCUUUCUUCUCAGCCUGUCCUCCAUUAUUUCACUGACUGCCAUGAAGUUUUGUGGAAGCAAUAUCAUUGACCACAUUUACUGUGACAUUGCUCCUCUCCUUGAGUCAUCUGGUUCAGACACUUCCAUUACAGUUAUAGGAACCAUUGUAUUUUCCAUUCCACUUGUAUUUUUUCCAUUUAUGUUCAUUUUCAUAACUUAUGUCAGGAUUAUCCUCACUAUCGGGAAAAUCUCCACAUCCACCGGAAGAAACAAAUCCUUGUCCACCUGCAGUUCCCACAUCACAGUUGUCACCACAUACUAUGGAACAUUAAUUGCUAAAUACACAGUGCCAUCUUCUGGACAUUCAGUGAGUUACAGCAAAGUAAUUUCCCUCCUGUACACUGUGGUUACACCGCUACUGAAUCCUGCAAUAUAUAGCCUGAGGAACCAGGACAUAAGAGAUGCUCUGAAGAAAUUAAUAUAUCUAAGAAAAAUGUAUUAA